AUGGGAAAGCUCAUCAAGAACCACUGGGCGCGCCUGAUCAUGCUGGCGGCAGCAGCUUACCAGAUUGCCGCAGCUCUUGAAGGCUUCUUCUGGCCGAAGAUCUUUUGGGACUUCCUCACCAAAAACCUCGACGGCGCCGUCAAGCCGGUACCCAUCCUCCAGACUGUCAACCUGCUCUUCGGCCUCUUCGCAUUUGCAUGGGAGUGGCCGCUGAAGCAGAUUGCGGGCUCCGCGAUCCACCGGUCGAUAGAAGCUCGCCUAAUUAUAUUCCCGUUGGGAGCGCUGGCCGCUGCGUUGAUGUACCAGUCGACGAACCCAGCGAUAUACUAUACAAUUGGCAUGGGGGUGUACUUUUGGGCAUACAGUGAGGGCGAGGUUGUGUGCGAUGAGCCGUGGUCACUACCGUCAAAACCGCGCAGGACUACCAAAGUUUAG